UCAUGCUUACAAGCUGCUCCUUUUUGUCAAGCCAAAGAAUCUCAGAGAGACUUAGUUAUUAUAAUCUAAUCCAACUAGUCACUUUUGCUGGACUACCCGACUGCUGUCAAGGUGCCAGGGAGAGCGAGAGGGCUUUUCCGUCUGCACCUCCUCCCUCCUUCCCUCCUUGGUAGAGCCGAAGUGGACACAGCUCCAGUCGAGGAGAAGAAUUCGGAAUCAGAAGGAAAUCUCUGGAGUCUGGGCCUAGCACACACACAGACAGCGGCCCCAACGUGUCAGCAUGGGGGCGUCCUAUGGCAAGAAACAGAAGACAUACAACAUUAAGCAGCAGAGUGUGAAAAACGGAAAGCACCUGAAUGGAGUGGCCUCAGCUUAUGCAGACAUCCAAUGGGAACAGCCUCAUCAGCCGAAAACCCCGGACAGGGAUCCAUUCGGUUACCCUCAUCGUGAGAUCCCCCCACUGGCCAGUUAUGCUCCUCAGCCUGAUUACAUGACAGAGGACGAUGAUCUCAUCAAGCCUAAAAAGCUGAUUAAUCCAGUGAAAGCCUCUAAAAGCCACCAGGAGCUUCAUCGGGAGCUGCUUAUGAACCAUAAACGAGGUACUGUUGUGGAGAACAAGCCAGAAUUGCAACGUGUGUUGGAGCAAAGGAAGAGAGAGCAGAUGAUUAAACAAAAAAAGCAGGAGGAGGAGGCCAGGAGGAAAAUCUCUCCAUUGGAACAGGAGCUUCUCAAGAGACAACAGAAACUAGAGGAGCUGGAGAAGGAGCAAGCAAGAUUAGAGGACAGCAACUGCAAUGCUCCGGAAUUCAUAAAAGUGAAGGAAAACCUGAGACGGACAUCGUUUACAAGUUCUGGAGAGAAUGAGGUGUAGCGGCGGAAACAAAGACUGGAUCCAUGUGUUUAACAUAGAGAGCUGCUGCAGCUCCUAAACUCCACCCACACGACUCUGCUUCUCUACUUCCUGUCUCACACCAACAAAACACUCACCUCUCUCUGUAGGAGUUUCAGAGGGGUCAGAGAUAAGGACACGACCCAAAGGUCCUCUGCUACACCUUCCCAUUAUAAGAAGGUUGAUGCCUAAGAGGAUUCAGGAGACUGCCAAGAGAAAAAUUGUGUUUCUUCUGCUCUGGGUCAGACUUGAUGGGUUAAAGAUAAACUGUCCAGGAUGCUUAUGAGUUUGUUCGUAUGCAUGGAUGGACAGCUAUGUUCUGGGUUCUGCCACAUUAGAUGAAAAGGUGAAAACAGGGUUAGUUUCAGAGUGAAAAACAGGCUAUUUCUCUCUAAAUGACAGGCAGAACAUAUAUAACAAAAGGCGGCGACUACACAAACAAUAUCAGUAUUAUUAUCAAACCACAAAAUAUUUGUUCAUUGCCUAAUUUUAAACAUUGUCUCUUAUACUUAACAAUCAGCACUUGUCACUUUUAAAUGAAAAAUAUAAGAACUAUGAUUAUUUUCAGCUUUCAUCGCCCUUGAUUUGCAGUAUAACACCUUGCAAGUGUGCACACAAAAAAGAUUUUACUCCUAAGGAAAAAACAAACAAACAACAACCAUUAAGCAAAUGAUUAUGCACUUUUACAAAGCUAACCAUUUAAUCUUGACACGUCAUAGAGUUAAACCAGUAUGAAAACAGGGACGUUUUUGGUUUGUGCUUACUCCAGUGCCUUUGUUAAAAUAAUGCAACAGGAUGGGCUUGCCUGACUUUUACUGCGGUCUGUAUGUUGCAUAGAAUUUUGUUCAUAGUCAUAUAUUCAUUAAAUGUUCCCUAAUAAACAGUUUUACAUUGUUUGGGUUUUCGAAGCACAAAGUAAAACUGAAAUAUGUAAUGCCUUUUUGGCUCCGGAGGCCAUUGGAUAAUACAACAGUCAAUGUGUUACUUUAGUUGAAUGUUAAUUUAAUUCUCAUGUUGUUGCAGUCAAAAUCAUGAAACGAAUAGAACAGUUGGCUACUUACAAUUUAUUUUUUAUUUUUUUAGCUUUAGCUGUGAGCUUUUGAUUGUUUUAAACAGAGAACUUACACAAUAAAGAAAAAGCACACAUGCUCAAUGUGAAUAAAGAUAUGAAUGGUUCUCUCA